UUGACACCCAUCGAAUUUGAUUCCUCUUGAGCUUUUUUAAUUUGCAUUGAUAAAGGAAUUGAAUGCGAUGGGGAGAAGAACUGUCCUUUCUCCAAGCGUAUUCGAGGUUCUCCUACCCUUGAGUUCCCCGUGGAAAGGCGACAUAUCGUAUGGUCUAUUCUUUAGUAAUAAAUAUAAUCUUAUGCUGGUUUCUCAUAAUCUAAAACUGCGUGCCCAUAAUAGCCUUAGUAGUAAUAGGUAUAUAGCGUUAGUAAUAGUAGAGUGUUUGUGUAAAAAAUCCUAGUAAAUACAAGUUUCUGUUAUGUCAAGAAACAGUUUUCAUUUCUGUCGCAAGUUGUCGUCUGAUAGAUCAUUGCAACAGAAUGCUUGAUUCCCUUAGCAUCAGGGAACAGAGUGAAAUAGUGACACUUGACAGGCAAGGGUUGCCCGAAUCUUUUCGAUACUCAUAUUCAAGAUAUAAAUGUAUAAGACAUCCCUUGUACUCGACAGAUAG